GGCAGCGGCCGGGCCCCGCGCGCUCCAUGGCGGCCGCCGGCGGCCCCGACGAGGCGGACGAGGCGGUUCGCGGCACCUGCGAGGACGCGUCUGUCUGCAAACGGUUUGCUGUCAGUGUUGGCUACUGGAAGGACCCUUACAUCCAGUAUUUUGUGAGACAAGCCAAGGAAAGAAAAGCACCUGAGAUCAAUAGAGGUUAUUAUGCUCGUGUUCACGGAGUCAGUUAUCUGAUUAAAGCGUUUCUAAAGAGGACAGAAUGCAACUGUCAAAUUGUUAAUCUUGGGGCUGGCAUGGACACCCUGUUCUGGAGACUGAAGGAUGAAAAUCUUCUCCCUAGAAAAUAUUUUGAAGUGGAUUUUCCGAUGAUCGUUGCAAGAAAAAUACACAAUAUCAAAUCAAAACCUCCCCUGUCAAAACCAAUUAUGGAAUCCCAUUCAGGGGACUCUCUUCUAAUAGAUUCCCACAGCCUUGACUCCAGUCGAUAUUCCAUUGUGGGAGCAGAUCUCCGUUUCUCGUCAGAUCUGGAGGAGAAGCUGAAGAAACACAACUUGGAUGUACAUUUGCCAACACUACUGGUGGCAGAGUGUGUGCUGGUUUACAUGACCCCCCAGCAGUCUGCAAACCUGCUCAAGUGGGCAGCAAGCACCUUUCCCGUGGCCAUGUUUAUCAAUUAUGAGCAGGUGAACAUGACGGACCGGUUCGGGCAGAUCAUGAUCGAGAACCUGCAGCGGCGGCAGUGCAACCUGGCCGGGGUGGAGGUCUGCAGGUCCUUGGACUCCCAGAGGGAGCGUCUGCUGUUGAACGGCUGGGAAACCGCACGUGCCAUCGACAUGAUGAAGGUGUACAGCUUUUUGCCACAGGCUGAUGUCAAAAGAAUAGAAGCACUUGAAUUCCUGGAUGAAAAGGAACUGUUUGAACAACUAAUGCAGCACUACUGCAUCUGCUGGGCUUCAAAGGACAGCAGCAACCUGGGUCUCGCAAACAUCGACUUCUGAGGGUCUGGCUGGAGGGAAGGGAGCCCAGGAGCCCCAGUGACUGCCUUGGCUUGGGCCAGGAUGCAGAAAUAUGGACUUUGCAUGUGCCAACCCCAGCCUGUGUCCAUGUGACGGUGCUGGGAACUGUCCUGCUGGCUUUGGGUGCUUUUAAGGAGUAUUUUUUGUGAGCAAUUGUUAUGAGGCAAGACUUGCCCUCCAUUCCCAGAUGUCUAAUGAUGGACUUUCACAAGGUGUCAGUGAUUCCUGUCUAAAGCUUGCCUUCCGUAGUUUAAACCUGAAAGUAAAGUGUUGUUGGGUUCUUUGAUUUUCCUCCCUUGUCUUUUUGUGGGUGUGUAACGUGUAUUUGUGGCAGGACGGUGGAAACGCUGGAGAGCUGCAUCACUGGGCACCUGCACUGUGCAUGGCUGAUCAGGAAGGUGCAAUGUGGUUCAUUUUCAUUCUCUUCUGGUCUAAUUUUGGUGAAGUGUCACCGUGUUGGCUUCUCCAGGCUUACUGUUGUCCAAGGCUAUCCCUGUGCUGGGCGUUCUUGUAGGGGAAGGGUAGAGGAGAAGGGGAGCCCUGAUGUAAAUUUGUUCAGUGGUGUACAAGAAACUGGAAAGUAGAUGUUGUUUAACUGGGAAGGGCUAAGCUUGGCAGUUCAGCACUGGGAUGGUUGAAAGUAAGAAAGAAAUUAAUCUCAAUUUGCACUGUUUCUGGUAGUAUCUUUACACCAGUUUCUUCUUUCCCCUUAAAAGAAGCGAAACAAAAUUCCCAAGAGUAAUGAAAUCCCUUGUCCUGUUGUUUGAAAUUGAAUCUUGCAACCUUCCUAUGAGAAAAAUAAUAAAUGUUUAGUAUUUAUAA